GAUCGCGGCCGGGGUAUAUCAAGCUAACGCAAGCUCUGGUGCCACGGGAAUUGACUUUAGGAAGGUGAGCAAUCUAGAAACCAUUCUCGAAGAGCAAGCAGAUAGCUGGGAGUCUUCCCCAGUGUUAGCCGCUCCUAAGCGCUGCUGUGCUGGAGCUCCAGCUCCCCAACCCCGCAUCCGGGCCACACGACCGCCGACAGCUCUGAGCAAGGUCCCUUAUCCGGCCUAUCUAUCGAGCCAGCCACAUUCUCACGACAUCCCCUCCGGUCACCGGACUCCCCGUCAUCAUUACCGACGUCCCCCAAACACGAAGACCACGAUCAAAUAAUCACGGCAGCUAUCUGAUUAUGGUCCCUUGACCGGGCACCCGAAACAAUGGCUCUAUCCACGAGGCCGCAGGCCUAUACAUGCGCACGAUGCCUACUCCUCUCGAGCGCUAAGCGCACCUUCUCCACCUCCUCCGCUGCUCGAACCGCCCCAAGACGUACACAAGACUUCAACUCUGGUUUCACAAGCAGUUAUGAUCCGACUAGUGAUACUGGACGCGGGCCCAUGUUCAACAAGAACAACUUCGGAGUUCCGCAGUUCUAUCCCCGAGACCUGAAGAAGCGUGUAGACGACUAUGUUGUCGGCCAACAUCGAGCGAAGAAGACCAUCUGCUCCACCAUCUUCAACCACUAUCAAGGAGUGCGACGGAGAAGGCAUCAGGAACACGAGGAGAAACUACAGAGAGAAAAGGCCGAGAGGCAACGCUAUGCCCGAGAUAGAGACAUUCUCGAGAGGCGUGACAUUCAUCCUGUUCAAGGUCAGCGAGGUCGUCAAUCUGCCUUCCAGCGCUUUCCUGCUGAUGACGAGUGGCCCCAAGAUGAGUUCCCCGGGCAUGCUGAGUCUACGCAACACUUGGAUGAAGGUUAUGAGUCGUCAACCGGUUUCGACGGUUCCUAUCUUGCCGAGGAACCUGCAACCCCUCCUCCAGUCAAGAUUGACAAGAGCAACUUGCUGCUCAUCGGUCCUACCGGUGUCGGAAAGACAUACAUACUAGAAACUUUAAGCAAGAAGCUCAACGUACCGUUCACGAUAUCCGAUUGUAAUGGAUUCACCCAGGCCGGCUAUAUCGGACAGGAUGUCGAGACAUGCGUAGAGAGACUACUAAUCGAAUCGAAUUACGACAUCAAGGCUACAGAGCAGGGAAUUAUCGUCCUAGACGAAUUCGAUAAGCUGGCGAAAAGGGAGAGCAUGAAUGGCCGCGACGUUGGCGGAGAAGGCGUUCAACAAGCUUUACUCAAGCUCGUCGAAGGCUCCAAAGUAACAAUCAACGUCAAGGACAACCGCUCGUCACGAUCGACACCUCCUAUUACAACAAAUUAUACUUCUUCGAGUUCAACGUCAGCCCCUCAAUCGACUCCACCUCAGGGCAAGGUCGAUCAGUACACAAUCGACACGACAAACAUUCUGUUCGUCUUUUGUGGUGCUUUCGUUGGUCUUGACAAGGUUAUUGUCCGGAGAGUAUCGAAGCCAUCCAUGGGCUUCGGCUCAGAACUGAAAGGAAAACAUGGCCUCGCCGGCAAUCAGCACGACUUACCGCGCCAAUCAUUCUCGCAUCUGCCACAUGUUGACCCCGAGGCACCAGCCUCAGCAUACACUCCCUUGGACCUCACGACGCCAGUAGACCUGCAGGCAUUUGGGUUCAUCCCUGAACUAAUUGGUAGAGUGCACAACAUCUGUGCACUUAGUCCUUUAUCCUUGAAUGAUCUUUACAGAAUUCUGACUGAGCCGCGCAACUCCCUGGUUGCGCAAUACACUGCUCUGUUCGAAACAUACCCUUCCAAGCUACGCUUCACGCAGAAAGCCCUAUAUGCAAUUGCGGAACGUGCUGCGAAGGCCGAGACCGGAGCUCGAGGCCUCAAAAUGGAGAUGGAGAGAGUUUUGGCAGAGCCGAUUUUCGAUGCGCCGAUGUCAUACGUCUUGAUCACCGAAGGUUGCGUCAAGGGCACUGAGAAAGCCGGAUACUGGGGCAAGGACGGCCGUUUGGAACUGGAGCGGCGUAUGGCUGACGAGGACGCUGAACCUGGAUCGCGGCCAGAGGAUGUCACCUUUGAGCAGUAUCGCGAGGCUGGCCAGAGUGGUGCAUGAGGCUGUCGCAGACAAUGAGCUUAUGUUAUAUACAUUUCCCUAGUUACGGAGUCUUGGAGUUGGCAAGGUGCUUGAGCUGGAUUCAUGAUGCACGGAAAUGUAAAUACUCAUGCAUGAACGUUGCUCCUC